AUAAAGAGAGACAAAAUUGGCAUGAUAAAAGUAGAAGACGGAGACAAUGUGAUGGAUAUUUCAAAAGAUAUAUGUUCGUCUCUUGAUGAAACAAAACAAAUUCUACUUCUGUUGACAUGAGGUUAAAUAUGAACCGGUUGUGCUAUAGUUUUGUUAUGCUCAAUAUUGUAUUUGUAAUUAUCGAACUUUAUUACCAAGUUAUCUCAUUAUGGUAGAUACUAAUCAUACGCACUCUUUCUUUUCAAUUGAAUGUAUAUAAUAUAGCCCUUCUUGGAAACAACUAGGAACUGGAUAAAUCACUCAUCCGACAUAAGAAAUUAUUGAUGGUCAUGUGAACUUUUGUUAUGGGUAUUCAUGGUCACACGAACUACAUUGUUGUCCAUUGUGUAUGAUAAAAAAACAAUUAGUAUGCCUGUAGGCUGUAGCAAUAAAACCUCACUAUCGGUGGUGGUGAAUUUUAAUAUCAAUUUUGAUCAACUUCUUCUUUUAAUUGAAUCCAUCUCGUAAAAUCGUAACUAAAUAAAAUUAAAUUUGAUUCUCUACCAAGAUUAUCGACUUCAUACAAUUCGAUCACACCUACCCAAAUGAGAAAUCUCAAAGACCAUUUCGGUUCAAACCUAACAGAAAAUCGUGAUACGGUUUGUUCCAUCAGUUAGUUAACAAACCUGAAAAUCUGAAUAAAUUAUGUGAAUAUUUCCCAAUUCUUUCGUGAUAAUGAUCAACUCGAGAUGGAGUGAGAAAGGGUACAAAUAAGCGUCAUCAACAAAACUAUUUCAAGCUUCAUGUCGAACCUUUCGGCCAAUAGUACUCAUCUGCAAAGAAGAAAAAAAAUCGAAAACAUGGGUCUUCAGGGCUCGCCCUCUUCGCCGCCACUGUCCAUCAGCUUUCUGGUUGCGCUCAAUAUCGUAUUUAUAAUUAUCGAUCUUUUGUGUCGAGCUAUCUCAUUAUGGUAGAUACUAGUUGUAUUCUACCCUUUAAAUUGAAUGUUGAGCUAUAGCACUAUUAUAUAAUAUUGCCCUUUUUGGGAUAGUAAGAAUCAAUGAUUGAUGUCAAAAUCUUCCCAAAACGACAUUUAGCACACUCACAAAAUGGACAAAAUCACACAUAUGAAAUGAGAAAUUAUCAAUGGUCACAUGAAUUUUGUUAUCGAUAUUCAUGGUCACACGAAUUACCUUUUAGUUAUUUUGUUUAUAAUUAACCUUUUAGUUAAUUGGGCAUGACCAAAAGUAUACUCGUAGGCUGUAGCUCAGUCGAACAAAACCAACAAAUGGAGAAAUAAGAUGCAUAACAAAAUCUCAAUAUCGGUGGCAAUGAAUAUUAAUUUCAAUUUUGAUUAACUUCUUUUAAUUAAAAAAAUAUCUCAGGAAAUGAUGAACUCGUGACCAAAUAAAAUUAUAUUCGAUUCUCUACUCAGAUUAUCGAUUUGAUACAAUUCGGUCACCCCCUACCCGAUUAUGAGAAAUCACAAAUACCGUUUCAGUUCAAACCUAACAGAAAAUCCUAUUUGUUCCAUUAGUUAGUUACUGUAACUAAAUAUGCUGCAUGCCAUCCGAAUUUUUUUUUUUUUAUAAAAUGCCAUCCGAUUGAAAAUUUGAAACCCAAGUUUCUUAACAAACUGAAAAUCUGGGGAAAAAAUUCUGGGAAUAUUUUCCCGAUUCUCCCGGGAAGACUAUCAGUUUGAUCGAGUGAGAGACAUAGGAAUCAUCAAUAAAAGCUAUUUCGAGCUUCAAUAAUCAAUAUCCAACCUUACGGCCAACAAAGAAAAAAAAUCCAAAACAUGGGUGGCUCGCCCUCUUCGUCGCGACUGUCUCUCAUCUUUCUGGUUGCUCUGUGCUUCGUUCUCAGCUACUCAGCAGUGGUCUGCAAUGGCGGCCACACCAGUAGUUUCGUCAGGAAAGUGGAGAAGUCCGUCGACAUGCCCCUCCACAGCGACGUUUUCCAGCCGCCCCCUGGCUACAAUGCCCCUCAACAGGUACACAUAACGCUGGGAGAUCAGGAUGGCAGAGCAAUGAUCGUGUCGUGGGUGACCAUGGAUGAACCCGGUUCGAGCAAAGUCGUUUACUGGAAGGAAGACGAAAGCUCGCACAAGAAGUUUGCCGAAGGCAAACACAAGAGCUACAAGUUCUAUAACUACACUUCUGGCUACAUUCACCACUGCACCAUCCGUAAAUUGGAGCAUGACACCAAAUACUACUACGAAGUUGGAACUGGUCACGCAGCGAGACGAUUCUGCUUCACGACUCCUCCACCUGUUGGUCCAGAUGUUCCUUACACAUUUGGCAUGAUUGGUGAUCUUGGCCAGACUUUCGAUUCCAACAUCACACUCACCCACUACGAGAAGAACCCUAGGAAGCCACAGGCUCUGUUGUUUGCAGGUGAUCUCUCUUACGCCGAUGACUAUCCGAAUCACGAUCAGCGGAGGUGGGACACAUGGGGAAGGUUCGUCGAGAGGAGCGUCGCUUAUCAGCCGUGGAUCUGGUGCGCAGGAAACCACGAGCUCGACUUCGUCCCUGAAAUCGGCGAAACCAAGCCAUUCAAGCCUUAUCUCCACCGAUACCAUGUCCCUUACAAGUCGUCUGGGAGCACUUCUCCACUUUGGUACUCUGUCAAGAUAGCUUCAGCACAUAUAAUCGUCUUGUCCUCAUAUUCAGCCUACGGUACAUACACACCUCAGUAUGAAUGGCUGCAAGCAGAACUGCCCAAAGUUAACAGGACAAAGACGCCAUGGCUGAUUGUGAUGCUGCAUUCCCCAUGGUACAACAGCUACGACUACCACUACAUGGAAGGGGAAAGCAUGAGGGUCAUGUUCGAGUCGUGGCUCGUCGAUGCCAAAGUCGACCUCGUACUCGCUGGCCAUGUUCACGGCUACGAACGAUCUGAACGCAUCUCGAAUGCAGCUUACAACAUCGUGAACAAGAAAUGUACUCCAACGAAGAAUCAGAGUGCUCCUGUUUAUCUAACACUUGGGGAUGGUGGCAACAUUGAAGGCUUGGCAUACAAGAUGACUGAUCCGCAGCCAGAGUAUUCAGCAUUCAGGGAGGCGAGCUUUGGGCAUGCCAUUCUGGAUAUCAAGAACAGGACGCAUGCUCACUAUAGCUGGCAUAGGAACCAGGAUGGUUAUCCGAUGGAAGCCGAUUCGAUGUGGUUCUAUAACAGAUACUGGCACCCUGUUGAUGAUUCCAAAAGCAACUGAUUUGGAUUUAGAUUUAGAUUAGAUUUCCUUUUGAUGAUCUCAUUGAAUAAGCAGGUUUGUUUUGCUAUUUGGUAUCUUGCUAGGAGAAGUGUACAUUGCAGAGGACCAACUCUUAUUUUGUUAGUGAAACUGUUUGGUUACAUUACUAAGGAGUUCUUAUUCCCCCCUUCUUUUUUGUUGUUUAAUUGGAUUGCAGACAAUAUUUGUGUGCUAACCGGGUUGCAGCAGGCUCAUCGUGCUGCCCAGCUAUGCAAAUAUUGUCCUCAUAUUACAGGGCAUGCGGAUUGCAAAUCGGCAAAUAUUAUGAGCUGAUUGAGUUAGAAUAUGGCCAAAAUCAUUAGUUUCGGAGUAUUGAAGAGUGAAAAUAUGUAACCAAACAAAAAUGACCUAAAUCAUCUUAAGCACUGCAUACUAAACAAAUGUGACAUGCCAAAACAAGAGAGGAAUAACAGGGCAGUUUGUAUGUUGCAAAAUAUAGAAUCUGCCGAAUAAGGGGGUCAGUUUCAGAACGUGAGGAUGGUGAUAUUUUUGGCAUUCCUGGGACUUUCUUGUUCUUCAUUCUUUCAUUUGUACUCGAGUCGAGCAGGCGAAUAGAUGCCAAACGAACGACGAAAAAAAAAUUGGACAAUCAUACUCCGGUUUGUUCAAUACCACCUGAAAAGUGGUCGGGGUUUUGGCAAAACUCUCAUCUCAUCCAACCCAAUAAUUAGAAGUCAUGUUG